CCGGGUCAUCUGGCGUUGGAUCGUCUGGCUCGACAGCGGGCAUCGGGUCACCAGGCAUGACAGCGGGCACUGGGUCACCAGGCAUUGGAUCGUCUGGCCCGACAGCGGGCAUCGGGUCACCAGGCAUGACAGCGGGCACUGGGUCAUCAGGCAUGGGAUUGUCUGGCUCGACAGCGGGCAUCGGGUCACCAGGCAUGACAGCGGGCACUGGGUCAUCAGGUACCGGAUCGUCUGGAUCGACAGCGGGCAUCGAGUCAACUGGCCUAAUGGAAUCAUCAGGCUGGAUCAGUUCAUCAGGCUGGGUAGAAACAUCAUGCUGGGUAGAGAUAUCAGGCUGAAUGGAGGCAUCAGGCUGAAUGGAGGCAUCAGGCUGAAUGGAGGCAUCAGGCUGGGUAGAGGCAUCAGGCUGGGUAGAGGCAUCAGGCUGGGUAGAGGCAUCAGGCUGAAUUGUGGGCGCCGAGGCACCAGGCUGCACCACGGAAGGCAGGUUCUCAGAUGGGAGGCUGACCGG